CCUUGGAUGUCCAGAUAAAAGAUAAGUGGCUGGAAGUGUGAUGGUGUUUGCUGGGGAACCAAUUCAAUUAUUCUCCAUGGCGAUGUUCAGCAACAAGUGAUUCGAUGGUUCACGCUAAAGAAGAUAGACGUUUUUUAUUCCAGUGAUUCCACAGAGCAGAUGAACAGGCUGUAUCCACUAACACACAUGGGGUUCACCCACCACGAUAAGUUCGAGGGUACUUUCAGUUCAAAGGAUAAACUGCGACACUAAAGCUAUUCCAAGUCAGGCAAUCCUGUCAGAAGAAAGGGCAAGCAGAAACGUGAUCCUGAGCGAAGUGUAUCAUUACUUCUGAGGGGAGAGGGAAAAAAAACCUUUAUAAAAUUUGAAUUGGAUUCUGAAUUUUUAAAGGCCAAAAAUAUUGAAAAUCGUGUUAUAAAGAUGGAGUCAUUCAUUGUGAUAAUGAACUCCUCUGUACCCCCUGAUAACUACUCCAUUAUAUCUGGCCAGAACUACUCGGAAAUAAGGGAUCUCUACAAGGAACCACCAUGGAUACAAGCGAUAUACGGUUUGCUUUUUACACUUGUGACUGUAUUUGGCGUUGGCGGGAAUUCAAUUGUUUGUUACAUUGUCCUCGGACAUGCGCGCAUGCGCACUGUUACAAACUAUUCCAUUGUAAAUUUAGCGGUAAGUGAUAUCCUCAUGGCCGUCAUGUGCGUCAACUUUUCAUUUUACGCAGCAAUGUACAUGACGUGGCCCUUUGGAGAGUUCAUGUGUAAAGCAGUAUCGUACAUACAAAGUGUUUCAGUAUCUGUCAGUAUUUUUACAUUGGUAUCCAUCAGCGUGGACCGUUACAUAGCGAUAUGUCAUCCUCUAGUCCUGCGCAUGGGAUCAUCACAGGCGUUAGCAGUCAUUGCGGUUAUCUGGGUGGUGGCAUGCGUGGUGGCGUUACCAUCUUUGAUAUUCUCCACAGUCGGCGUAGAGGGCGACUCAACAUUCUGUUCUGAAAGUAACUGGGAACAAUCUAAAAUAUACACAUAUGUCUUGAUGGGCAUACAAUACUUCGUACCACUCUGUGUCUUGGCUGUUGCCUAUGGAAGGAUUGGUUAUGUAAUCUGGAGCAGACGAACGCCAGGAGAAACACAAGCGAGCAGGGACAAAAGAAUCAAUGAAUCAAAGACAAAGCUCGUCAAGAUGUUUGCCAUGGUGGUUCUUCUCUUUGCCUUGUGUUAUCUACCAAUACAUUCCUUUAACAUUCUUCAGGAGGUGUACGAGAAUGUCCUCUACUAUCGCUACAUCAAGCUGGUUUACCUCACCGUUCUCCUGGCGGCAAUGAGCAACUGCGUCUACAACCCCUUCAUCUAUUGCUGGAUGAAUGCAAAGUUCCGGAACGGCUUUAGACACGUGUUCCGUUUCCUACCCUGCGUGCAUUACGACACCCAAUGGAAAGUGAUAGCGCACUUGGAACGUGGUAACACCGCAAUGACACAAUUAACGACGUCGCCGUCCCGUCGGCUUCGCAGUGGUCCGUCUGACGCAAAGCAAUGCUGGCCUGAGCAUUGUUAUGAGUCGCUAAGCAACGGGGAUGGUAGUCCACUAAGGAAUAAAGUGGUUGCGGUCUGAGAAGAUUGAUAAUAAUGAUAAUCGUGAAGACUAACGAUUAACUCUGAAAAUUCUAUACGUUGAAACGGAACAAAAUUAUAAUAUUGUCAUUGACAAAAAUACACCAUGGUUGCUUUCUGCCUUAACUUUAACACACGUCGCUGUUCAAAAUGGAAAGUGUCCCACGAGUAUAGACAUAUACAUGUAGUUAGUUUUUGCUAUGAACACGUGUAAUUAAUGUGGUGAUACUCAUGUUACUCUGCACGUUGACCCUGAUGGCCAGAUGUCAUCUUGUUCCCCGUGUUUAAUGCCGUCUAUUGGACCUGGAGGCUUUGGAAAUAAACUGAUUGAUUUUUCUGUAACCCAUUACUGUUGUUACUAUUACCACUGUACUGUACCAUACUACUAUUACUACAACUAAUACUCUACUACUACUACUACUACUACUACUAUAACUACUACUACGACUACUACUACUAUACUACUACUACUACUACUACUACUACUACUACUACUACUACUACUACUACUACUGUUGCUGCUUAUUUUACUCCUGCUUAUGAUACUAUCACCACCACCCUCCACCGCAAUUCUACUACCACCACCAACAUUUUACUACCACCACCACCACCACCAACACUACAACUUCUUUCCUAUUACUACUUUCACUACUACUACUACGACGACGAAGGCGGCGACUUUUACCACCACCACCACUGAUUAUAUACUACCACCAAUACUACAGCUGAUACUACUAUACUCAUUGUUCUUUUUGUAUUGCUAAUGUUAAUAUCACUACUGCUACUACUACUACUACUACUACUACUACUACUACUACUACUACUACAGUACUACUACUAUUACUACUACAACUCGUACUCCUACUACUACUACUCCUACUGCUACUGCUGCUGCUGCUACUACAACAACAAACACUACUACGAUUUCUACUACUACUACUACUACUACUACUACUGCUGCUGCUACUACUGCUACUUCUAAUACUAUUUCGUACAUCACGACUUCAACUUUUCUUUUUACUCCUGUCCAUGAUAAUAUCGAUGGACGAAAUUAGAAACAAUAGUAAGAUCACUAUUAACGAAAAUGAUUAUAAUACAUGUAGAUUCUUAAAAAUGUUCCCAUGGUAUAUGCUUAUUUAUAGAUGUUGACAGUGUCACCAUAAAUCAGUUUACGGGGGUACUUAAAAUGACGGUUGGUUAUUCUUACUUGAAAAGAGAAGAAGGGAGAAGAGAGAUAGGGAAUAAGUUCUUAAGGAACUGAAAAUCUUUUGCUCCUUGCAGUUGUGAAAACAACUCCCUUUUAAGAAAUGUUGAGCCACGAUCAAUGCAAGCAUGCAUUUCUGGUGAAGGCAAAAACACUCUUUUCCCUCACAGUCGAGACUCAUUGACUCUUUCUUACAAUUGAGUUUCAUUUAUUAAAAUGUCACCAUCUUCUAUCCAAGAAAGACUUCGGUCCUGGUUACAUUCCAUUUGGACUUUUGUACCAGGUGGGUGUUUCAUAAAGUUGUUCGUAAGAUACGAAUGACUUUAUGCGAGGUGUGAUAUCCCUAUAUAAUUGAUUUAUGACCUAAGAACAUGUACCAGUCGUGCGUAAAGUUGUGCGUAACUUGACGAACAGCUUUAUGAAACACCCACCAGGUUACUCAUCAACUGACCUGCUUUCCACCUGGCCCGACUUGAGAACACAUCUCUCGAUGGAUCCAAUUCAAUUCUUACUCCUCUCUCUCAUCGCCACAGGAACUUUGUCCUUUGUAAAACAAAGAAAUGCAUACAGAAGUUUCAAGAAAACAAUCAAUGUAUGAACAUACAACAUUAUGUAGGAAAUAUUUUGAAUGAACAUGCAUUUUAGAUGUUGACGUUGCUGGCUUUCCAAAGUUGUGAUUGAUCGGAUUAAUCGCAACUCUUUGUAAGACGAGGCCCUGUUCUCGUUUAAAAUGGCAACACUCAAUCUCAGAUCUUCAUCUACGCUGUAGCGUCCAGCUUGCACCUGGAUCUCGCAUCGACGAUCUCCAUGGCUACCGGGAUUCUUCGGUUUGUGCACCCCUAUACGGAACGCCCCCUGCUAACAUUCAGUAGGCCCAUGCACCCAACAACGACACUUUUAAGAGAAAACUUAAGACUUAACAUUUCUAUUGUUAACCACUUAUAAUGAACAAUUUACAUUUUAGUUCCAUGGGAUUUGCAGUUGUAUGUGUGUGUGGUAAAAGUAAUCAUAUUUUUUUUUUCAUUAAAAAAAAUAAUUUGUAAGUAAUGUAA